UCCUGCAGAUUCACGCCGCCACGCAAUAACCCAUUCCAAUCGUGGUUGGCCGUCGCCCUCGCAGCCACCUCUUCGCCCGCCGGUGGUGGCUGCCCCGGUUGCCUUCCCUUCUCUACCCUCUUGCGUUUGUGACCCGAGCCGCCAACGAAGCAGCGCCCGCUGCACCGAGCCAUCCUCGUAUUUUAUUUCCGCAUCCCGUCCCUGCCCCUCGGCGAUCUCAAGAGCCCCAUCGCCCAUCUUCCUCAGGCCCCUUCCCCCUUUCGAUACCCCGAUAAAACCCCGGCUUACCCUCUCGCGCUGGUCGUCUGCUCCCACCCCACCGCGCGCGACCGAGGUGGCCUUGGUCAUGGCGCUCUCCUGCAUGAGGUGUCCCGCGGGCGCCGCCGCCGCCGUCUCCGCGCGACGCGCUGUGGCGUCGCCCCUGACCACGCUUUCCUUCGCCAGAUGUGUCUUCGGGAGGUCCGCCGCCGCCGCCGGGUGGCGCAUCGACGCCGUCGCCCCACAGGGAGUGAAAAUUCCAGUGGAUGCCGCUGUGGAGAAUGCAGUCACACCUGCUAACCCAUCAAAGGUGGAAAAUGGAACACCUUCAGGAAUCACUCUGGAUGAAUUUGAAGACUUGAUUGCUCUUUCAAAAAAUGAUGAUUCUACUGUUAGCAUCACGGUAGUUGGAGCAUCUGGUGACCUUGCCAAGAAGAAGAUAUUUCCUGCCCUUUUUGCUCUCUACUACGAAGAUUGCCUUCCAAAGCAUUUCACUAUAUUUGGUUAUGCACGGAGCAAGAUGACAGAUGCUGAAUUGAAACACAUGGUCAGCAAAACACUGACUUGCAGAAUAGAUAAAAGGGAGAACUGUAGUGAGAAAAUGGAAGAGUUCCUCAAAAGAUGCUUUUAUCAUUCAGGCCAAUAUGAUUCUGAGGAGUAUUUCAUGGAGCUAGACAAGAAGCUAAAGCAACAUGAGGGUUCCAGAGUUUCUAACCGUCUUUUCUACUUGUCAAUACCUCCUAAUAUAUUCUUGGAUGUUGUGAAAUGUGCAAGCAAAUCUGCAUCUUCUGUGAAUGGUUGGACAAGGGUAAUUGUUGAGAAGCCCUUUGGCCGGGACUCAGAGUCUUCUGCUGCAUUAACAAGAGGUCUGAAGCAGUACCUUGUAGAGGACCAAAUCUUCAGGAUUGAUCAUUAUCUGGGAAAGGAACUGGUGGAGAAUUUGUCCGUUCUCCGUUUCUCGAAUCUUGUUUUUGAGCCUCUCUGGUCAAGGCAAUAUAUAAAAAAUGUGCAACUCAUAUUCUCAGAAGACUUUGGCACUGAAGGGCGCGGAGGGUACUUUGAUAGGUAUGGCAUUAUUCGUGACAUAAUGCAGAACCAUCUUCUUCAGAUACUAGCCCUAUUUGCAAUGGAAACUCCUAUAAGUUUGGAAGCAGAGGAUAUAAGAAAUGAGAAGGUUAAAGUUUUGCGGUCCAUGAAGCCUUUGCAACUAGAAGAUGUGGUAAUAGGACAGUAUAAAAGUCACACAAAGGAUGGUACCACAUACACUGGAUACACUGAUGAUAAGACAGUGCCUAAGGAUAGUGUUACUCCAACAUUUGCUGCAGCUGCACUUUUCAUAAAUAACGCUAGAUGGGAUGGAGUUCCCUUUCUUAUGAAGGCUGGGAAAGCUUUGCAUACAAAACGGGCGGAGAUUAGAGUACAGUUCCGUCAUGUUCCUGGAAAUCUCUACAAGGGGAGUUUCAGCACUGAUCUUGAUAGGGCCACUAACGAGCUUGUGAUACGUGUGCAACCAGAUGAAGCUAUUUACCUAAAGAUUAACAACAAGAUUCCUGGUCUUGGUAUGCGACUAGAUAGAAGUAAUUUGAAUCUUCACUAUGCAGCAAGGUACUCGAAAGAGAUACCAGAUGCUUAUGAGAGGCUCUUGCUUGAUGCCAUCGAAGGCGAGCGAAGGCUAUUCAUCCGCUCGGAUGAGUUGGAUGCUGCAUGGUCCCUUUUCACGCCCGUUCUGAAGGAGUUGGAAGAGAAGCGGAUUGCUGCUGAGCUCUACCCAUACGGAAGCCGUGGACCUGUCGGCGCUCAUUAUCUUGCAGCGAAGUACAACGUCAGAUGGGGUGACUUGAUUGCAGAGCACUACAAGGCAUAAUACAAAGCUGAUUAUAUUAUAUUUAUGUAAUGUUCACGCUGCCCCCAUUUCUGUAAGGUUCCAUGCCCUGUUAGUGGGAUAGAUGCAAGAGAAAACUGAUGAGAAUAAGCAGAGCAGUUGACUAGGUUGGAAGACAAGUUACUAUGAAUUGCUCCGUUGGCAUAAUUAUAACUGCCAAAAAGAUCUGGUUUCUCAGAAGGAUGAACUAAGAUCUCUGGUUUCUCAGAAGGAUGAACUAAGAUCUCCCAAGUUGAUCUCCUCAGUUCACUGGAUGAUCGCUGUUGGCCUGUUGCUGCUUGACUGGCGCCGACUCCCACAUAAAUGGCCAUAAGUGUUGGUUUAAAAACGCUAUAAGUAACUGGCACUCAUACUCAUACUCGACUAUUAGUGUAAGUUUUUUUGUCAGUGCUAGUUUUUUUGUUAGUUUAAAAACACUAUAAGUAACUGGCACUUAUACUUAACUAAUAGUCUCUAUAUCAGUGUUAGUUUUUUUCAUGAACCGGCACUGAUGAUCUCUUCUCCUUGUACAGAAUCUAGCUGUUGUCGAUAACAACACAUAUAGUAAGAUAAACAUGUAUUUAGGUUUCACAUGCAUAUAUAAUUAUCUUAGUAUAUAUAAUAUUACAUACAUUCACAAUUUAUU